AUGUCGACCGAGCAGAUCACGCAAGGUGUCGCCGACGCCUCUCUUGUGGUCGCUGAAGCUACCGAGCAGGUAGUGACUCCUUGGUCUGUGACCGGCGCUACUGUGGACGGUCAGCAGGUCGCCAUCGACUACGACAAGCUCGUCAAGGAGUUCGGCACCCGCAAGAUUGAUCAAGAGCUGCUCGCACGCUUCGAGAAGCUGACCGGCUGGAAGCCGCAUCCCCUUCUGCGACGCGGCAGCUUCUUCUCGCAUCGUGAGCUCGACAAGAUCCUCGAUCGAUACGAGCAGGGGAAGCCAUUCUACCUCUACACCGGACGAGGACCAAGUUCCGACUCGAUGCACUUGGGGCACUUGAUCCCCUUCCUCUUCACAAAAUGGCUCCAGGAUGUCUUCGACUGCCCAUUGGUCAUUCAGCUCACCGACGACGAAAAAUUCCUCUUCAAGCCUGCGCUUAAGAUCGAGCAGGUCAAGGACUUUGCCUUCAAGAAUGCGCGUGACAUCAUCGCGUGUGGCUUCAAGCUUGAAAAGACGUUCAUCUUCUCCAACCUCGACUACGUCGGCGGUGCCUUUUACGCCAACAUCGUCCGCAUCUCGCGCAUGAUCACCAUCAACCAGUCCAAAGGUACCUUCGGCUUCAACGACAGCGACAGCGUCGGCAAGGCGCACUUCGUCUCGAUCCAGGCUGCACCAUCGUUCUCCAACUCGUUCCCACAGAUCUUUGGCGAGAAGCACGACAUCCCGUCCUUGAUCCCAUGCGCCAUCGACCAGGACCCAUACUUCCGUCAGACACGAGACGUUGCAUCGCGCCUCAAAUACCCCAAGCCAUGCUUGAUCCACUCGAAGUUCUUCCCGGCAUUGCAAGGCAGUCAGACCAAGAUGAGCGCAUCUAGCGAGACCAGCAGCAUCUUCAUGCAAGACACGCCCAAUCAGAUCAAGAACAAGAUCAACAAGCACGCCUUUUCGGGAGGGCAGGAGACGGCGGAGGAGCAGCGCAGAUUGGGAGGCAACCCGGAUGUCGAUGUGGCAUACCAGUACCUCACCUUCUUCCUGGACGACGACGCAGAGAUCGAGCAGAUCGCCAAGGACUACCGCUCGGGUGCGCUGUUGACGGGAGAGCUCAAGAAGAAGUGCAUAACCGUGCUGCAGAAGGUGGUCAGCAACUUCCAGGAAAACAAAGCCAAGGUGUCGGACGAUCUGGUUCGCGAGUUCAUGAACAAGGACAGGAAGAUCGACCCCACCAUGCCGGCGGCAGGAUCGACGGCGAGCAAGCAGGAGGAGCUUUCGAAGGAGACAGUGGUGGCUUCGACCGCGGCAUGA